AUGUCUUUCACGUCCAUUCCGAUCCUCGACCUCGCCUUGGCGCGGGAUCCCGAGACGAAACCGCAGUUUCUCAUCGAUUUGCGCCAUGCACUCAUGGAAGUCGGGUUUCUGUACCUCAAGAACGUCGGUAUCCCCGACGAGCUGUUCAAGAGGGUAAUCAAAGAAGGCAAGGGCUUCUUUGAUAUACCCACCGAGGAAAAACUAAAAAUCGAGAUGAAGAACGCCAAAUCCUUCCUCGGCUACUCCCAACUCUCAGCAGAAAUCACAGCAGGCAAGAUAGACCACCGCGAACAAAUCGACCUCUCGACAGAACACCCGCUGCCAGGACCAAACGACCCGCUCUACUACAACCUCCUCGCCCCAAACCAGUGGCCUUCUGAAUCCGUCCUCCCCGGCUUCCGCGCCACUUUCACAGAGUACAUGGACCGCAUGGGUCAAGUCUCCAUCGCCUUCACCUCCCUCAUCGCCGAGGCCAUCAAGCUACCACCCAAUGCCUUCAACAAGUAUUUUGACGCCAACCAGCAGCACAAGCUCAAAAUCGUAAAGUACCCAGACCUCCAGGAACUCGGCAUCACGGAUCCCAAGAUCCAGGGGCAGGGUGUCGGUCCGCACAAGGAUAGCAUGCUGAGCAGCUACCUCUUGCAAGCGAGCCACCACCGCGGCCUGCAGGUCCAAAACGUCCGCGGGGAAUGGAUUGAUGCGCCGCCCGUCGAGGGCACGCUGGUCGUGGCUAUCGGGCAAGGACUUGAGGCGCUGACGCAGGGCGUCUGCGUGUCGACGACGCACCGCGUGCUCAGCCCGCCCGCCGGCGAGGGCGCGCGGUUCUCGAUCCCGUUUUUCCAGGGCGUGAGAGGGGACGCCGAUUUCGAGGACCUCGAGACCGUCGGAGUCGGGCGGGUACCCGAGGAUAUCCGGGAGCAGAGGCGGCUUGUGCUGGAGAGGAACGGGGGAACGAGGCUUGAUGAUGUCGAGUUUACGUUCCGGAAGGGCGGGGUCGCUAAGACGCUUGGGGAGGCGACUUUGAGGAAUCGGGUCAAGAGUCAUCCGGACGUGGGGGAGAGGUGGUAUCCGGAUAUUCUGGCUGCUAUUCGCGAGGAGCAAGCUAGAGCUGCUGCUGCUGCUGAUGGUGCUGGUGGCGUGGAGAAGGAUGUGAAGGGUGUUCCGGAGGUUUCAUCGGUCCCUGUCCCGGCGCAUUGA